AUGCAUUCGAAGGUGGAGGUGCUCAAAGAGUUCAAAAGGGGGAAGAAGGAUGAUGGGUUUGGGGAAACGCGCAGAGUUUUUCAAAGGACCCGUUUGCUGAAGGGACGCCCCGGACUCCCAGCUGGUGUGCAGGAGGCGGAGGAUCUCCUUUUCCCGGAGGAGAAGCAGGUGGGGAACUACAAGCCAUCUUCUCUGUGCAUUUGUAAACUUUUUCACUUUCUCACCAGAACGCAGAGGCACAGCAAGAUGACGCCGUCCAUUCAUUUGAUCUGGAGUGGAAACAACUCUCACAAGACCUGGACUCUCAUGACCAAUGGGCUGGAAAGCGGAGGAAGACCUCCGUCGAGAAUGCGCAUCGUAAUGGCUCAAUAGAGCCAACCUGUCCUGGCUAUGACCGGCUGACGAGAGAGCUGCUGUACGAGAAGAGGGCACCCGCCAGGGUGAGCGAUCGACGGAGGCUACACCUGUGAUUCUGCACUGGUGGACGUCUUGCUCGUUCGCUUACUUGGUCUGCAGGAGAGGCUGAAGACUUCAGGAGAGCUGGCACGAGAACGAUCGCUGCAGCUGGAACAACAAUCCCGGCGCGCAGCUGCUGGGACCGAGGAGCCUCCGGAUGACUACGUGAGCGACAUGGAACACUUUCUCAGCACUCCGUCGGCCACUCAUGCAGCGCCUACCAGUCCGGACCUCCUUGGGACCGCAGCGGCUCGUCACCCAUCGAGCCUGCAGAUUGACGGUAUGCCGGAGGACGAUGCGGCGAGGCAGUUGGGAAUGGCGGACCCCGAGAUGGCCGAGAUGCGCGGUGACGGAGAAGUCGCCGAUUUACUCUCUUGCGGAUACCCGACAUCCGCCUGUAAUGUUCAGCAAACUCUUUCGAAUCGGUCUCUAAGUGAAGUGACGGCGUGUCUUCAGAGGUGAUAAUGCAGGGGGAAAUGGACCAACAACGCGAAUGCGUACGUUGUUUCACUCAGAUUGAUUCGGGGCUCGUCUCUGUUGACGGACAAGGCGGAUGGGAAGAAAGCAUUUCUUCAAUCGUUGAUUGAAUCGAUCAUCGACGGCUGGGCUGCCUGUAAGUAAGGCCUUCUGAUGACGCCGAAGCCGGUCUUACGCUGUCCUGCUUUGGCCUACUUGUGUGGUUUGCUUGACAGGUGGUAGCGCCGGCUGGUCGCAGAACCUCAAAUCGUACCAGGUGGGUCGUUGAUAGUCUCUGCUGUGUGCACAGAUGCAUCAACUGUUACGUGCUGCCUCUUUGUCAGGCGUCGCUGUGUGACCUUGCAGCGGAGCUUGGAAAUGAAGCAGAUGAGACCAUCAGACAUCUAAUGCACGGGUGUGUGUCGUACGACAUCCCUCCGGACGACUCGAGUGAGGCCAACCACACAACAAGAUCGACAGGCGGCUUCCGGCUUUUGCGCCUGAUAAAAGUCGUGGACGUACUGCUUGAUCUUACCGGCGUCAGCGAAAAAGAGGCGAAGUACCGCGGUUCGCUACUCAGUUUGCAGAUUGACGUGCUGGAGACCGCAGCAUGGCGUCUGUUCGGGUGGACUAGCGAUGAUCCGCGAGGCAACCUCGGCGUAGCACCAUCCAUUCGGCCUGCCAAACUGGCGUCCGCGCUGAGCAUUUUGAGUCUCCUGUGCUCUCUGUUGAAGAGGAGUCGUCGUUGCAGCCCCCUCUUCUGCGCUCUCACCAUGGCUACCGUCAGCAUGCUUGCAGACAGAAGAAGAUCCUCCCCUUCCGACGCAACUCUCUGUCAGCGCACCCACCACUUACAAGCCUUGCUGAUCGAAGGCCUGGUAGACUAUGUCAGCAUGCUGGUAGGCAAGUAUGGCAGGGAAGCAGGCAGGCAAGCCGACUACACCAACGCAACACCCACGCCUGCCUACACACCCAGCUGGCGUCUUUUACCUGUCCUGUCUGCAGCGCGCUGAGACAGGUGGCGGGGUGGCCGUAGAUGCGCUCGUGGACCACAUUGUCAUGGCGAGCCUCAUGUGCGAUCCGGAUAUGGUUGCUGGUGACCUUGCUGACAGUCUAUCGUCGUGCCGACUGGAGGGCCAGGCGUUCCCCCUCUCACUCCAGUUCUCCAGGAAAAAAGGCAUUCGCCUCCUGGACCCAUCGUUCGGAGAUCCUUCAGACACACAUGGCACAAUGCGCAGAGACGGCCGUCAGUCGGAGGUGGAUUGGCUCAAGAGGCAGUCCAAGGCGGACAAGCGAUUCCUCAAUCGGAAGGUGAGUCGGAGGCGAGUCGUCACGAAUACCGAGGCACGUUAUCCUCGAUGAUCGUUUCUGUGAUACAGAUUCGACGGGAGAGGGAGUUUUUGAGCGUUCUCUCGUCGAAGGCAGAGAAGAGGCGGCACAGCCACCUGGCGAAGAGGGAAAGAUCAAUUCAUGCCGAUUUGGAGAGGGAGAGAGGAAUGGUAACGGCACUCAGGACAAGGGCCGUGGCCUUCAAGGGCGGCAGCGUCCACCAAAAGAAAAAGGGACGCAGUGCGUGA